UCUUGAGCUUUCUCCAAAGAUGGCAGCAACAUCAGCAGCUUCUUCGAUCUCAAUUGGAUCAACCGUUCCUAGACCCACCUCCGCUUCCUUACGGCAGUCAAGGGCACAAUUUGUCAACCUUAACUACUCUCUCCCUACUUUCACCGCUCUGAGAUCAUCCUCUCUCCUCUCCGGACCAGAUUCCUCCUCUUUCACCACCUCCCUCCGCACUUCCGUAACAAAAUCCCAGAAAACAGACACCAAGCCUUACGGAUUAAACAUCAACGCUUCCUACAAAGUAGCCGUCCUCGGUGCUGCAGGAGGGAUCGGUCAGCCUCUCUCCCUCCUCAUCAAAAUGUCUCCUCUUGUCUCCACCCUCCACCUCUACGAUAUCGCCAACGUCAAGGGAGUCGCCGCUGAUUUGAGCCACUGCAACACUCCUUCUCAGGUUCGUGAUUUCACCGGACCGGCUGAGCUGGCUGACUGUUUGAAAGAUGUCAAUGUUGUGGUUAUCCCUGCUGGUGUGCCGAGGAAGCCCGGUAUGACCCGUGAUGAUCUUUUCAACAUCAAUGCCGGUAUAGUGAAGUCGCUUGUUGAGGCUGUUGCUGAUAACUGUCCUAAUGCGUUCAUCCACAUUAUUAGCAACCCGGUGAACUCCACUGUCCCCAUUGCUGCUGAAGUUUUGAGAAAGAAAGGUGUUUACGAUCCGAAGAAGCUCUUUGGUGUCACUACUUUGGAUGUUGUGAGGGCAAACACUUUUGUUGCUCAGAAAAAGAACUUGAAGCUCAUUGAUGUGGAUGUUCCUGUCAUUGGUGGGCACGCUGGAAUCACCAUUCUGCCUCUCUUGUCGAAGACCAAACCUUCUGUCAGCUUCACUGAUGAAGAGAUUGAGAAACUCACUGUUAGGAUUCAGAACGCUGGAACUGAGGUUGUGGAUGCUAAGGCGGGUGCUGGUUCUGCUACUUUGUCGAUGGCCUACGCUGCUGCGAGGUUUGUGGAGUCGUCUCUUCGUGCUCUUGAUGGAGAUGGAGAUGUUUACGAGUGCUCGUUUGUGGACUCUACACUGACUGAUCUACCUUUCUUUGCAUCACGGAUCAAGCUUGGGAGGAAUGGAGUUGAAGCUGUGAUUGAGUCUGAUCUCCAGGGGCUGACUGAGUAUGAGCAGAAGGCGUUAGAAGCUCUUAAGCCAGAGCUGAAAGCUAGCAUUGAAAAGGGUGUUGCUUUUGCGAACAAACCUGCUAACUAGAUGAUGAUUUCAUCUGAGAAGAACAUGCUUUUGCAUUCAAGGGGACAACAGUUUUCUUCUGAUCGUUUUUGAGUUUUGUUUUUGUUCUUUUAUCUUUCUUGCAUCGGCGAGAGAUUUCUGGUUGUAGAAUAAAGAAUGUAUUAGCUUCUUCAGUUCUGAAGAUUUUGAUACAUGACAUUGAAGCAGACUUUUACGAUUCAGCACCAGAAGUCAUUACAAUAGCAUGACCCACCUUUA